UAAAUCAUUUUUGUUGGGAAAAAUUACACAUUUUGACAAAUGCGGUCUUUCAUGAACAUAAACUCUGUACCAUUAUCGAAUAAGUAGUUAUAUUUUGAUGAAAUAGUAAUUUUAUUUAACUCGUACUUUUAAUUUGCAUAUAGAACAAAAUUCAUAUUUUUAAUUUACUGAAACUAUUGACUUAUUGGUGUUGUGAUAAUGUUAACGCGUUCCUAUCAUCUUGCAAAAACUGUUUGCCAUAGCAUGCCGUUUACAUAUUCGACCGUAGAAUUAUACGUUGUACAUUCAGGUCAUUCAAAACGACACCUUAGUGUUACCUUACAACGAAAUCCAUUUCACUUGUUUCGUACAAAAAAUUUUACUAGCUUACAAAAUAGACAACAAAAUUUUUGCCGCUCACAAAUAUUAGCAAAUCAAAAGAAAGAUACAGAAAAUGGGAAUGUGGAGACAAUAUUAUCAUCGCAAGUAUCGGCCGUUGAGAAUGAAACUGAAAGACCGGUAACCGUAAAAAAGAGUGAAGUGAUAUUAGAUAAUAUACAAGAGAAAAGUUUGGAAGUGGAAAGUGAUAAAAAGAAAUGGAUGGAUAUACUAAAACCUAGUGAAAAACCAAAGAAAGAUGUACAAUUAGAUGGUGUAGAAGAGAAAAGUUUAGAAAUUGAAAUUCGUCCACAUAAAGAACUUGAUUCAGAAAUGAAAGAUGAAUCGCUGACAAAGUUAAAAAAUAAAAUACUUGACGCUGUUACGGAUCUCGGUGCUGAUAAAACAAUUGAAGAAGUUCAAAAACCAGUUCGAAAACGAAAACCUUUAGAUCUAUCAGUGUCAACAUUAGAACGAAAUUAUAUAACUCCAGUACGAGCAAUGCAAGAUUUUGCAUUAAAACAAACUGAUUUAGAAUCAUUGCCAAAAACAUUAAGACGAUCCCCAUAUGAAUGUGAACCACCAAUCACUGUAUAUUGGCGUAAAGAUGUCGAACAAAAAGCAGUUGACGUAUGGGGCUCAAAAGAGAAUCUACAAAAAGAAUUAUUCAAACGUGUACUAGAACGUAAAAUGCACCAACAAAAUUUAUUCACAAUAAAACGACGUUUAAAAAAUUAUCGAAAAGAAUUAGGUCGAGAAGUACAAGUAUCCAAAACACAAGGAUUAUUUGGACGUUCGGGCAAGGUUGUAAUGACAGCUGUUGCUAUAAAUGCAACAAAUUUUUUUGUAAAAUUUUUUGCCUGGUGGUAUACAGGAUCGCAUAGUAUGUUCUCUGAAUGUAUACAUUCGUUGGCGGAUACAAUUAAUCAGUUAAUCUUAGCAUAUGGUAUACAAAAAUCUGUACAGAAUCCAGAUUCGGUACAUCCAUACGGGUAUAGCAACAUGAAAUAUGUAGCUUCAUUAAUUUCGGGUGUAGGAAUAUUUUGUGUUGGAGCAGGUUUAUCAUUUUAUCAUGGAGUUACUGGACUUGUUGAUAAUACACCUAUAUCAGAUUUCUUUUGGGCGUAUAUUAUUUUAUCUGGAUCAAUUGUAUCAGAGGGUUUAACAUUGUAUAUAGCUAUUAAUUCGAUUAAAAAAGGAGCAAAAGAACAGAAUAUGGAAAUUAAAGAUUAUAUAAUGCGUGGACAAGAUCCUAGUGUAAAUGUCGUGCUGUUAGAAGAUACAGCUGCUGUAACAGGUGUUGCUUUGGCCGCUGGCUGUAUGGGUUUAAGUUCAUUAACUGGUUCUGCAAUACCAGAUGCUGUUGGUUCGCUUUUGGUUGGAUCAAUUUUAGGAGCUGUUGCUUCUUUCAUUAUUUAUACAAAUGUUGCAGCUCUCGUUGGUAGAUCAAUACCCGAGGAACAUAUAUCGAAAAUUAAUGCUGAAUUAGAAGCUGAUAUUAUGAUACGAGCUAUCCACGAUGUUAAAGGUAUUGAUAUGGGAAAUUCCCUGGUUCGAUAUAAAGCAGAAGUCGAUUUUGAUGGAAGGGAAUUAACUCGAUCAUAUUUAGAUAAACAGGAUUUAAAUGCUAUGUUGGAGGAAGUAAAAUCAUUUCAAAAUAUUGAUGAAUUAGAAGGUUUUAUUCUAAAACAUUCAGAAAAUAUUGUUGAUAUGAUGGGCGCAGAAAUCGAUCGAAUUGAAUUAAAACUUAAGAAAAAGUAUCCAGAAAUACGACAUUGUGAUCUAGAAAUUUUGUAGAAAUAUUUGUAUAAUUUAAUUGUUUCUUUUGUAUGUAACUUUGUAAAUAGGAGAAUAUUUAAUGUAUAAUUGUGCUAACAAAAG